AUGGAUCGAGAGAUCUCUCGUCUGAAGCUUCUACUUAUCCACUUGUCGAAUAUAUACGGGGUAGAGACGACGCUCUGGCUUAAUGGGGUGGAGGCUAAGUGGCAAGGAAGAGGCUCACACGAAGGGCUAGUCAAGGACCUCCCAAAAGAAGCACAGGAUCAAAUGUGUGAGAUAGGUAUUGUUCGUAAUACUCUUAGCCCGCGAGAACAGAAGCAAGCCUUCAACCAGGACAGGAGUAGUAUUGGGCAAGAAGUGGAGUGUAUCAAGGAGGCUGAAGGCCAAGCUGAUAUUCGGAUUAAUAUCACGAGGAACGGCAGGAAUUUUCGCCUAGACACUUCUAAAGCGACGUUUCCAGCAUGGACUAUAGAAGAUGUGAAGCAACAGCAGGAGUUCUUGGUUAAACGGCUCUAA